AUGGAAGGUUUGACCUCCCUCAAGGUACCCUUUCAGGCCUUUUCAUCAUCUUCCAGACCUAGAAGUUGGAUUACCUCGACCCAAGUGAAUGUUUCUAGAAGAAACCCGUUUUUCACUUUCUCUGUCCGUGCUCAGGUGGAGUCUACUGAGGGUUCGGCUACAAUUGCUGCAAGCUCUGCUGAAUCUGUGGUAGAGGCACUGAAAGUGAAGGAGUGGGAAGUGGGAAUGUUCCAAGAUGAAGUUGCUGCUAGCCAGGGUAUCAGGAUAAGGAGGAGACCACCAACAGGACCCCCUUUGCAUUACGUAGGACCCUUCGAGUUCCGAUUGCAGAAUGAGGGCAAUACGCCCCGUAACAUUUUGGAAGAGAUUGUGUGGAACAAGGAUGUAGAAGUUUCACAGCUUAAAGAAAGAAAACCCCUCAUUUCUCUGAAGAAGGACCUUGAAAAUGCUCCUCCUGUGCGGGAUUUUAUUGGUGCUUUGAGGGCGGCACAUGAGCGAACUAGACUUCCGGGAUUGAUAGCUGAAGUGAAGAAGGCUUCACCAAGUAGAGGUCUCUUGAGAGAGAACUUUGAUCCAGUUGAAAUUGCUGAAGCUUACGAGAGAGGUGGAGCGGCAUGUCUAAGUGUUCUGACAGAUCAAAAGUAUUUUAAGGGAAGCUUUGAAAACCUUGAGCUAAUAAGAAAGGCUGGAGUAAAGUGUCCUUUGUUGUGCAAAGAGUUCAUCAUAGAUGCAUGGCAACUCUAUUAUGCUCGAAUCAAAGGUGCAGAUGCAGUGCUUCUAAUUGCUGCUGUUUUGCCUGAUCUUGACAUAAAAUACAUGAUUAAGAUAUGCAAAAUACUUGGACUGGCAGCACUUGUUGAGGUGCAUGACGAGAAGGAAUUUGAUCGUGUUCUUGGCAUAGAGGGGAUUGAGCUUAUUGGCAUCAACAAUCGGAAUCUUGAAACAUUCGAGGUGGAUAUUGCCAAUACGAAGAAACUUCUCGAAGGAGAGCGAGGCAAGAUAGUCCGUGAGAGAAACAUAAUUAUGGUAGGAGAAUCUGGUCUUUUCACACCAAAUGAUAUUGCAUAUGUGCAAGAAGCAGGUGUUAAAGCUGUAUUGGUUGGAGAGUCUAUUGUGAAACAAAACGAUCCUAGGAAGGGAAUCACCAACCUCUUUGGCAAAGAUAUAUCUCUCAGUUGAAUUGACCAAACAUUUCUUGAGAUAUUUGAGUCAACAGAUUUUGAUAGAGUCCUUGAUCUGCUCAUCUCUACCUUUUAUUGUAUUAAAUUAUCAAACUCUUAUUAGUAGUAAACUUAUGCCAAAAUAAAUUAAUGUAUAUCUAAAGAUGCUUCUCAACCAAACAUAUGGUUUUGUCCCAUUGGAUUUAUUCAAUCUACAUAAAGUCUUAGCA